GUGAGUCAUAAAAAAAACGCAUUCCUUUCCUCCCAAUUACUACCUUGUUGCAUAAAAGUCCAAAGAUCCCUCAUAAACACAUAAUAAAACAUAGUUUUCCCACUCAUCCCAUGUAAUAAAAAAUGUCAUCUUCAACUCUCUUGAUGCUUAUACUAAUCGUUUCCAGCUUAAAACAAUCACUAUGCGAGCCAAGAGCUACAGAGGCGGCUCUAAUAUGCAGCAACACAACGGCGGCAGAAUCCGAUCGGCAACUCUUCGUCCCAAAUUUUCUGGCCACGAUGGAUUCCAUCACGCCGGCGGUCGCGAGGCGAGGAUACGGCACCGUAAUAAACGGAACCGGAAACGGCACCGUUUACACCAUGGGCGAGUGCAUGAAGGAUCUCUCUCAAAACGACUGCAACCUCUGUUUCGCUCAGUGCAAGAUCAACAUCUUGAGGUGCCUUCCUUUUCAGAGGCUGACUAGAGGCGGCAGACUCUUCUACGACGGCUGUUAUUUGCGGUACGAUGACUACAUGUUCUUCAACGAGAGCUUCAGUUCCGUGGAUAGGACUGUUUGCGACGCCGAUGAUUUUGUCGGGAAUCGGACGCUUUUUAAGGAUCAAGUUUCAGAGUUGUUGAGGAACGUGACGGCGGAGGGGCCCAGGAAUAACGGAUUUUUUACUGGGUUUGUGAGCAAUGGAAAUUUGAGCGUUUACGGUUUGGCUCAGUGUUGGGAAUCUGUGAGAGGGAGUGGUUGUGUGAAUUGUUUGGAGAGUGCGGCUUCGAGAGUUAAUUCCUGCCCUCCUAAGGAAGAAGGGAGAGCUCUGAAUGCAGGUUGUUAUUUGAGAUACUCCACCACCAAAUUUUACAAUAAUUCCGCUGCCGAUGCUCCUGCUGGAAAUGGAGGGGGUACUCGCCGCCGUGCUGCUAUUAUUGCCUCAAUUUGUGGUGCAGUUGCUUGCCUGCUAUUUGUAGCUAUGGUUUCAUUUUUUGUGAGGAAGAAGAUUGUGAAACGACGGAGAGUGAAGAAGAAGCUAGGUGGUCUGUUGUCCAUAGUUACUAAGUCGAAGAUCAACUUCUCAUACGAAACUCUAGAGAGGGCGACAGGUUACUUCCAUAGCUCUAACAAACUAGGGCAAGGAGGGUCUGGUUCUGUUUACAAGGGCGUGUUAGCAAGCGGGCAGACUGUCGCAGUGAAGAGGCUAUUCUUCAACACAACACAAUGGGCAGAUCACUUCUUCAACGAGGUUAAUUUGAUCAAAGACAUCGACCAUAGAAACUUAGUCAAACUCUUAGGCUGCAGCAUUACAGGCCCCGAGAGUCUCCUCGUGUACGAAUACGUGCCAAAUCAAAGCGUUCACGACUAUCUAUUUGGUAUUAGGCAAGACGGCCCCCCACUCGGGUGGGAGCAGCGGCUGAAGAUCAUAAGGGGCACUGCUGAGGGUGUGGCUUAUCUUCAUGAUAACUCAAAGUUGAGGAUCAUACACAGAGACAUAAAACUGAGCAAUGUGCUUCUGGAGGAGGACUUCACUCCCAAGAUUGCUGAUUUUGGUCUUGCUAGGAUGUUUCCAGAAGGCAAGACACAUAUCAGCACUGCUCUUGCUGGUACACUUGGCUACAUGGCACCAGAAUACGUAGUUCGUGGGAAGCUAACAGACAAAGCAGAUGUCUAUAGCUUCGGAGUCCUAGUAAUCGAAGUCGUCACCGGAAAAAGGAACAAUGCUUUCUCUCACAACUCUCAAUCAAUCUUCCACAAGGUGUGGAAUCUUUAUGGGUCGGGAAAUGUGAUAGAAGCAGUUGAUCCGUCUAUGAAGGGGAAGUUUCCAGAAGAGGGGGCGGCUAGGCUACUUGCAAUAGGCCUACUCUGCGUGCAAGCCAAUGCAGAACUCCGGCCAUCCAUGUCGACGGUGGUGAUGAUGCUUAACGGGGAGCGAGACGUUUCUCGGCCAACGCAGCCUCCAUUUCUCAACUCCGCCUCCGCGGAAUUCGUUCCGUUUAGUAGGCCAGAUUCUUGCACGCAGUCUUCUGGUAAUGAAAUAACAGAGAGCAUUGUGGAGCCAAGAUGAUUUAAGGUUUCAGUGAUUAGGUAGUAGCAUAGCAACAGAUAUAACAUCUCAAUGUACAUGAAAUCAUUCCCCAACAUAUUGUUUUGCACUUGUUGUAUUAACAAAUUACAUUAUUCA